AUGGCGAAACUCCACCUCCUCAUCCUCUCACUCCUCCUACUCUCCACCUUCGCACCACCAUCUCACGGUGCUAACCCUACCACCCAACCACCCAACACCAUCCCGGAAUGCCUGAAGGCCACCGGCGGACCAUGCCACAGCAAAACCAAAUCUUUAAAGCUUAAACUCGUCGCCAUUGCAGCAAUUCUAGUGGCUAGUAUGAUGGGUGUUACUCUACCCAUGCUUUCACGGGCUAUACCCGCUUUACAACCCGAUAAGAAGCUGUUUGUGUUGGUUAAAGCCUUUGCUUCCGGUGUGAUUCUUGCAACUGGAUACAUGCACGUUUUACCCGAUUCAUUUGAUUGCCUAACAUCCAAAUGCUUGCCUGAAAACCCAUGGAGAAAGUUUCCCUUCACAACGUUUAUUGCAAUGUUGUCAGCUGUAUUGACAUUAAUGGUUGAUUCGUACGCUAUGAGUUGGUACAAGAAAUACGGGCCAAGAAACGAGAAUUUGGAUCCGAAAAUCUCGGGUCAUUUCCAUGGCGAUGGAUUUUCUGGGAUUGAUUCACCAACAUCACAGUUGAGGCGAUAUCGAGUGGUUGCUCAGGUGCUAGAGCUAGGAAUAGUUGUACACUCAGUUGUGAUUGGACUAUCGAUGGGUGCAUCGGAUAAUUUAUGCACCAUAAGACCUCUCGUCGCUGCUCUAUGCUUUCAUCAAUUCUUCGAGGGAAUGGGUCUUGGUGGUUGCAUUCUUCAGGCGGAGUAUGAGAGAAAGAUGAAGGCAAUGAUGGUGUUUUUCUUCUCGGUGACAACUCCAUUUGGGAUAGCACUUGGAAUCGGGUUGUCAAAUGUCUACCGUGAGAAUAGUCCGGCAGCUCUGAUGGUGGUCGGAAUACUGGACGCGGUGUCAGCAGGCCUGUUGAAUUACAUGGCGUUGGUGGAUCUACUGGCGGCGGAUUUCAUGGGGAAGAAGCUUCAAGAAGAUAUGAAGCUUCAAGCAGUUUCAUAUGUCGCUGUGUUUCUAGGUGCUGGAGGCAUGUCUGUGAUGGCAAUUUGGGCAUAA